UUAGCAAAGAAGCCGUUUUGUUUUUCUAAAGCAUAGAGAGAAAAUGGAAAGAUGUUCUUCUCAAGGAGGGUUUCUUAUUUUGAUCUUUCUUUUAUAUAUGCUAAUACAUUGCGGAGGAAAUUCGAAGGUGAGUGGUUGCUUGGAUUCGGAGAGAAAUGCUCUCACCACCUUCCGCAAGGCUCUCAACGAUUCAUCCAAUCUUCUCGCUUCUUGGGACGAUGGCUUUGAUUGCUGCAAAUGGACAGGAAUCGCCUGUGAUGCCAAAACACGGUACGUCGUUCAUCUUGACUGCAGAGGUUUGGGUCUGAGUGGCUCAAUCGAUCCAUCUUUGCUUGAACUGAAACAUCUCAGUUACUUGGACUUGAGCUAUAAUGCUUUUAAUGGCGCCCCAAUUCCAAAUUUCUUGGGUUCUAUGAAAGAGUUGACGUAUUUGAACUUAUCAUCAGCAGGGUUUUCAGGGAUUAUUCCUGAUCAGCUUGGAAACCUCUCUAAACUCAUUUCGUUGCAGCUUUCUUCGGAUCUCAACUACUUGAAUUCAGAAAACCUGUGGUGGGUGACAAACCUCCAUUCUCUCAAGUACCUCGACAUGUCUGGCGUGAACCUUUCCUUGGCAAGUGAUGAUUGGGUGAAUGUAAUGAACAAGUCUCCUUCCCUCGUUGAGCUACGCUUACGAUAUUGUCUUCUUCAAUAUAUUCCCCCAACUCUUUCUUCUAUUAAUUUCACAUCUCUCCGCGUCCUUGAUCUCCAUUGGAAUGGCUUCAACUCUAGAAUUCCAGACUGGAUUUCUAACAUAAGCCGCCUUGUGUCUUUAGAUCUCUCAGAUAACAAUUUUCAUGGAGAUGUUCCUGAUCAAUUUUCACAACUUCCAAACUUGGAAGAGUUGUGGUUGGGAUCAACUGCUGAUAUCCCUGGGGUUGAUUGGUCGGAGAUCCUUGAAGGCAGUUGGAGUAAGCUGAAGCUACUUCAUCUAUCUAUAGAUCAGCUGCCUGGAGGAAUCCCCAAGUCUAUUGGGAAUAUUACUUCACUUGUGGAUCUCUCUUUAUAUUUCAUUGAGAAUACAACAGGUAGCAUUCCAAGCGCCAUGUCUAAGCUUAUCAGUUUAGAGAGCCUGUCGUUGUAUGGAUACCAUACGCAUGCCGCCAUUCCUGAUUGGUUAGCUGGGCUCAAAAAUCUUAAACGCCUUAUUCUCUUCGAUUGCAAUCUUACAGGCUCAAUCCCUGCAGCUCUUGGAGGGUUGUCUUCCUUGCAGCAUUUAUCUCUCAUUUCAAAUCAGUUGAAUGGGAGUAUCCCUGCAUCUUUUGGCGGAUUAUCUUCGUUACAAUAUUUAUCUCUCAUUGGGAAUCAGUUGAAUGGGAAUAUCCCUGCAUCUCUUGGCGAUUUGUCUUCCUUGCAGAAUUUAUCUCUUCGUUGGAAUCAGUUGGAAGGGAAUAUUCCUGCAGAUCUUGGCAGAUUGUCUUCCUUGCAAUAUUUAUCUCUCAGUGGGAAUCACUUGAAUUGGAAUAUCCCUGCAGCUCUUGGAAGAUUGUCUUCCUUACAAUAUUUAUCUCUCAGCGAGAAUCAGUUGAAUGGCAGUAUUCCUGUGGCUCUUGGCAGAUUGUCUUCCUUACAAGUUUUAUCUCUGGGUGGGAAUCAGUUGAAUGGGAAUAUUCCUGCAGUUCUUGGCGGAUUGGCUUCUUUACAAUUUUUAUCUCUCAGCGGGAAUCAAUUGAAUGGGACAAUUCCAAUAACUUUAGGGCAACUUUCAAACUUGUAUUGGCUUGACCUCUCUUACAACUCCUUGACAGGAAACAUGUCUGAAAACCUUUUUGAAAACCUCAAAAACUUGAAGUACUUACAUUUGUCGUCCAAUUCCUUGGUUUUUGAUCUACACCCUGAUUGGGCCCCUCCAUUUCAGCUUGACCAAAUAGUCCUAUCAUCUUGUCAUUUAGGCCAUCAACUUCCUCCCUGGUUACUCACACAACAAUCUGUAUGGGAGUUGGAUCUCUCUAACACAACCAUCUCUGGCAUCUUGCCCACCUGGUUUUGGGAUUUUACACCCCAACUUGUUUCACUGAACCUUUCAAAUAAUGAGAUUUCCGGCCAAUUGCCCAACACUCUGACAAUGCAACUUUUUGCCUACAUUGAUUUGAGUUCAAAUAAUUUCAGUGGUCCCAUUCCUUGCAUAUUGAAUGGAGCCACAAUACUUGAUCUCUCCAAUAAUCAGUUUUCUGGACCAUUCCCACCAAAAUUUACAUCUGAUAUGUCCAUUUUAGUAUUCCUUUCUGUGUCGGGUAAUCAAAUCAAUGGCACAAUUCCGUCAUUCAUUGGCAAAAUGGAGUCUCUUGUUGUCCUUGAUUUUUCCCAAAACAAGAUAAGUGGUACCAUUCCAUUAACAUUGGGUGAUUGUGUAAACAUCGAGGCACUUGAUUUGAGCAAGAACCAUUUAUCAGGAAGAAUACCCAUGUCUUUGGGUCAGUUAUAUAAACUUCGAACAAUGCACCUGGGUAGAAAUAUCCUAUCAGGAGAAGUCCCUUCAUCUUUGGAGAAAUGUACAAGCUUGGAGACUCUCGAACUUGGAUACAACAAUUUCUCAGGUCACAUUCCUGCUUGGAUUGGCAGAAGUUCUCCAAAUUUAAAAAUUCUCAGUUUACGAUCUAAUAUGUUUACUGGCAACAUCCCACCACAACUAUCAAACCUAACUUUUCUUCAAGUCCUUGAUGUGGCACAAAAUUAUUUAUCUGGUACAAUUCCCCAAAGUCUUGAGAAUCUCAUGGCCAUGAAGAAUGAGCAGAAGAUGGACCGCCUUCUUAUCUAUGGAGGGAUGACAAUAUCAUAUUACAAGGAAAACUUACUUGUGUCAGUGAAGGGGCUAAUCCUUGAAUACACCAGAACACUUUCACUGGUUACAUGCAUGGACCUUUCAAGUAAUAACUUAUUUGGAGAGAUCCCUGAAGGGCUCACAAGUCUUUUGGGAUUGCGUGUCUUAAACUUAUCUGGAAACAAUUUGGGUGGAAAGAUCCCAAACAAAAUUGGCAAAUUGGCAUUGCUAGAGUCUCUUGAUUUCUCUAAAAAUCAGCUUUCUAGUGCAAUACCUCUGAGCAUGUCAAAUUUAACUUUUCUAGGUUACUUGAACUUGUCUAGUAACAACUUGUCGGGGAAAAUUCCAUCAGGAAAUCAACUACAAACAUUUCAAGAUCCUUCUAUUUAUAUGGGAAACAACGGACUUUGUGGACCUCCUCUUCCAUAUAAGUGUGCUAGUGAUGAGGCAUCUCAAGGUCCAAUGCAUGUUGGUGGUGAUGUUGAAAACGACAAAGAAGAGUUUGAAAUGCUUUGGUUUUACACUGCAAUGGCAUUGGGAUUUACCACGGGAUUUUGGGCCGUCUGUGGUUCUCUGUUGCUCAAGAAGUCUUGGAGGAUUGCUUAUUACCGCUUCUUUGAUAAGAUUAAAGAUAAACUUUUUAAUUGAAAGUCUCAAGAUGCAUGGUCAUAAAUAAUGCUAGAGUUGAGAAGGAGGCAUCCACAUUUGGCACAUGCAGCUUAAAUGUUUCUUCAGUGGUUGUUUGUUUUGUUGAUACUUUUUAUGAGAUGUAAUAGAAAUCUCAGUAAUGAAAGUUGGAAGGGACUGGUCAAUAUUACCCUUCAUAUAUGUAUAUUAUUUUUGAGUAUCAAUAAAAUUACAGGUGGUAUGCUCCCACCUUUCUGUGGCCUUUGGGCCCUGCU